AUGUCUAUCUUGACUAAAGCUGCAGAAUCCCUCCAGUCUUUGCACAUUCAUUACGCUUCCGAGCAGCGCGACCGCGGUAUCUACUGCUCUGAAACCCUCGCAACAGCCCUCUCGGAAUUCCAGUCUCUAACGAAGUUCCAGUUUGAGUUCGAAAGCUACUUUGAUGACAAUAACGUCUCCAACGCCAACAAAAUCCUGGACGCGGCUGCGCAAUUACCCGACUUGAAACGCCUCGAGCUCCGCAACCCACCACCUUCUGUACAGGGCGCCCGACGACAAGAGUUCCUAUUUGACACCUUUGUCGCAUUGCGAUUCCUCCGUAUUGGCUACGGCUCAGGAAGUGGCUGCAAAGAGGUCUUUCGUCGAUACCAAUUUCCAGCGCUUGUCGAUCUUGCCAUCGCACCAAACUUUAGCGAGAGCUCGAACCUCGCAGAGCUCAUCGCAGCCAUCGCAUCAUCCUGCCACCCGCACACCCUCGCCUCAAUCACCAUCAAGCCCCAUGUCGACAUCAUGACACAAAACAUCCUGUUCCCGCACGGCAUCCUCCGCCCGCUCCUCGGGUUCCCGAAGAUCGAAAAGCUGGUCGUCGACGACCCAAAAUGCGCCCUGCUCGACGACACCGAGAUCGACCUGAUCUCAUCCGCAUGGCCCGCUCUGCGCGUGCUCUCGGUGCACGACGCGGCGCCCCGGCUCGCGGCUCUCAACAAAGAUAUCAAGGUGACCCUGCAAGGCCUUCAGGCCCUCCUCGAGCGCUGCCCGCGGCUAGAGGGGCUCGGGCUCGUCCUCGAGGCCACGGUCGACCUGUUGCCGGAGAAACCCGCGUUACCGCUCAACAAGAGGGUGACCGCGCUCGAGCUGUCGAACUCCCCCGUUAUCGACCCGCGUCGGGUCGCACGUGUCUUGGCAACGAUGCUGCCCCGUUUGAAUGCCAUUCAUUACCAACCGAUGUUUAAUAUCGGGGUGUCUCCGAUGGCUAGUGGGAUUACGGGCAAGAAAAUCUUUCAACGAUGGACGGAGACGGAGAAGAUGAUCAGGGAGCUACGGAAUGUAUCAGUGAAACAGGAAGCGACAGUGAAGCAGGAAGUGACAGUGAAGCAGGAAGCGACUGUAAAACAGGAAGCGACUGUAAAACAGGAAGCAGGAAGCCAAUGAUAACAUGGCAUAUACGCUACGACUAG